UCAGGUUGCCUCCGCCGCAUACGAUGCGUCGUACACAGUCCGCGCUGCGCCCUCGAUUUAUAGCCCGCACACUCUUUUUACUCUGCGCCUCAAUCGCUCCUGCUCCUCCUCCUCCUCCUCUUCUUGCAUGCUCAUGGACGUCGACGACUGCUCCUCCUCUUCUUCGCCGUCGUCCUCUUCCUCCUCUUCUUCCGCCAGACCUUUCGCCCCCUCGCCGAAGCGCAAGGACGGGCGGAAGAAGUUCCGGGAGACGCGCCACCCGGUGUACCACGGCGUGCGCUCGCGUGGCGGCGGCAGGAAGUGGGUGUCGGAGGUGCGCGAGCCGCGGAAGAAGACCCGCAUCUGGCUCGGCACCUUCCCCAACCCGGAGAUGGCCGCCCGGGCCCACGACGUCGCCGCCAUCGCCCUCCGCGGGCCCGACUCCGCCCGCCUCAACUUCCCCGACUCCGCUGCGUCGCUGCCUCGGGCGCGCUCCGCCGCGCCCGAGGACGUCCGCCGCGCAGCGGCAGAGGCAGCCGGUAUGACGGCGGGCGCGGCCGUCGACCGCUCUCCGCAAUCGUCGUCGGCCGCGGCUCCGACGCAGGUGUUCGUGGACGAGGAGGCGGUGUUCAACCUGCCUGGGUUGCUGGAGGACAUGGCGAGGGGGAUGCUGGUGACGCCGCCGGCGAUGCACAGGGCGUUCGAUUGGGAGACAGUGGAGCUGGAGGACGACGGUUACGUGGCCGGUGACGUCAUCUCCCUUUGGACAAUGGAUUAGUUAAUUAGUAAAUUUUUUGGGGGUCAAAAUGAAAAUGACACCCUUUAUUUCAUUUCAUUUCAUUUUUCUUCCUUAAUUGGUUAAUUAGUAAUUAUUUUUUAUCCAUUCAAAUGUAAUCUUUUUUUUGUCUGUUUGAGAUUAAUUUUUUUCUCAAAGUCCCAAUGAAAAUGUGUAAUAAUAUUUACUGAUGUAGUUAUUCACUUUAUAAGUUUGAGAAAGUAUAAGUUACAAUA